CCAAUUUAAAGAACUUUGUAGCUAUGGACGCCAUUAGAAACAAUCGGAUGUAUUCAUAAAUACAUCCCAUGUCUACUGCGAUACUUUGCUGUCUUCUGUACAUCAUUGCACGUGCUGUUACUUUAUCUAUGUUUUUAUAAUCUCUCGAGACAUCUAAGCAUAUUCAAGAAGUUGUAACCGCCAUUGGAUAUAAUUUCUGCGAAUACUAGCUCAUACUUCCGGUCGUUCCAUUUAAUUAUACAGACAUGCAGGACCAUCUUAUUAGAACAAACAAUACGUGGCCUAUUAGGCAAAUCGAAUUCUAUGAAUCAAAUAAUUCCCACAGAUUUACCUCAAAAAAUGGUGAAGCGCUUUGUAUGAGAGAUGUUGGGAAUUUUUUAAUUCUUUAUGCUGAAGAGACUAUUCUUGGAACAAUUCCAAUAGGGCCUGGAAGUAACGUUACCGCAUUUUAUACUGGAGACUGUAUGUCUUUCAAUGAAACCCAGAAUAACAUUGAGAAAACUGUGAAGAUACAACUUUCCGGCUCACAGGAGGAUGUUCGGAACUUUGUUUUCCGCAUUCAACAAUGUAUAAAUGUCUCGAGAACUGAAGAACAUGAUGAAAUUUCAAAAAAACAUAAAAUUGCAGAAUUACUGAAAAACAAUCCUAUGGGCGCCAUUACGGACGUGAACCCGAUGUUACCAAUGAAUUAUCCUUUGGAAGAUGCAGUCAAGCUUUGCUUGGCAGAUCCUAAAUUUCCUGCGUUAGUAGAAAAUGUUUCUCAAGUUUUAAAGCGUCUAGCACAAUCAGGGACGCAAACUGGAUACGAAGUAUGAGAGUUCUUUAUUAUUUUUACAACAGCUUUGUUAUUUAGCUUUAAUUUCUGUAUAAAAGUCAACAAAUUCGUUGUUGAACAAAGGUUUACUAUAAAUGGAAUUGAGAUACA